AGAUGCGGAUCCUGUUAGCGGCGGCUAUGGCGGCGGUGGCGGCGCACGAGGGAAGCGCGUUCAUGCUGUCUCCUUCAUCCUCGUCCUUCAUCAAGGCGCAAGGAUCGGUGUCAAGCUUCGCCGGGAGAUUCACUGGAGUGACAGCAAGGAAAGCUACGCUGAGAAACAGCCAUGCCUGCUCGGUCAAGGCGUCUCUCCAGGGUCAGGACGUCAUGAACAGGUUCGAUGCCAUCGGCAACUCCGCAAUCCAGAAGUUGAUGGACGCUCUGCCGCUGCGAGAGAGUAACCACGUGGAGGGGCUGGGUGCAAGCAGCUGGAUGGAGGGUGGCUUCUCAGGCUCUGUUCAGGGCUGGACCGCAGAACCGAAAGUUGGAUGGAUCUCCAAGUCGAGCAUGAAAAGCAGCGACUUCUCCACUGGCUCCUCCAGCCUCGUCGUCCUCAUGGGGCCAUCCUAUGACACUCCCCACCUGUGGGUGGACCUAACCUUCACACCGCAAGAGAUCCUCGUCAACCUCGACUUUCCUGCAAGGGUCGACCUGGCGGCAAACAAGGACUACAUCGCGGAGUACUACAAGAGCGCGUCAGGGUGGUAUGACUCUCUGAUGAACGAUGCUGCCACAACGGCGCUCGCCGGAGGGAAGGGGCUGAACGAGCGAAUCCUUGCUUCGCCAAUGUCUCUGUCUCUCUCCAUGGCGAAGGAUCAGCAGUCUCUGGAUUUGAUCGAGAGGGCUGUGGACGAGCAGGUUUCCACUUGGUGCUCAUGGAUCCAGGGAGCCCGUGAGGUCAACAGGAUGCAGUUCCAAAAGUUCCAGUCCGUCUUCCCCAAGGAUCGCGCCCAGCAGCUUGCAGCCGCUAUGGUCGGGCCAGGCGACGAGCAGUACGUGGGCAGUGCCGGAGACAACUCUGAGUAA